GAAAGCACGAGUGGUGCUAAUUCGACUGGUCGAGACUGGUGAACGACCGGAAGACUCAGCCGGUCAAAAAGGAUCACAGCGUUUGUCUUUUUCAUUAACGAAUCGAGAACUAGUCGUCGAGAACGAGUUCGAAGGACGAAGAGGAAAGGAAUAGCCGAGACGGUUGUCUAGAGGGAGUGGAAAAUUAACUCGUUCGAGUGGCUACAGUCAGCCACGGAAGCUUCGAGCGUCAACUAUGCCUCGAGUUGACGGAUGACACGUUAAUUUCGCAGAGGAGCUGCAACUUGGAGAAGCCUGACGACUCGGCUGACUUCGGGCUCGCGAGUUUCCCUGACUAGUUGCGUGUCUUUGUGCUCCGCCCGGAAGGGCGAAAUUGCCUUUGAGAUUCGGAUAGAAGGUUCUUUCAUCUUUCUGGGAAUCAACUUGCCAGACGGGAAGCGAAAUAAAUAACGGACGAUGAUGCUCGUGGACUGGAGGUUGUCUUUGUUGCUUCUGUCGACAAUGGCGCGGAUCCAGGGUAACGAAGACGAGCAACUUCGCGAGAAGAGACAAGCGUUGUACCCCCCGCCUCUUGUUUAUCCUACCGGUGGCACUUUCAAGCUAGUCCUAGGCUUGGGGGUUCCGGUGCAACUCUCGGGCCAGAUUUUGGUUUACGGCCAAAACCUUCAGUUCCAAUACCCGUUGCCAGAGAACGCGACUUUCUUCACCAACUAUUUCGAGAACUCGUCACGACGUAAGAGAGCAAGCUGGAACGAAAGGGCUUUCGUAUACGAUAUUCUGCAGCGAGAAUUAGACAUGCGAAACAUCGAUGGAAAAGCUUGCUUGAUGAAGGAUAUUUGCGAAGCUGCUUCGACGCCGUUGAAAGACGAGGGUUUGGUUGGCGAGUUACUGCAUUUAUUAUUGACGCCCGACUAUGGGGAUAAUCUCACGAUAGACAAGGAAUAUUUAGAAGCAGCUAUGGCUGGAAGAAAACACGAGAAUUGCUCAAUAAUUUAUUCAUUGUGUCCUGCUGGCCUGGGAAUUUUAGAUAGAAUAUCCUCAGUUUAUUAAUUAACAAUAAGAUUCGUACUUUUUUGCUUAUAGUCCAUUCUUACCAAGAAUUAUGGAUAAUUUUGUUUGACAUGUUAUUGUAUUAUAGAGCAUGAAGAAUUCUAUAGAUAAUUACAUAGAGUUUAUGCUUUACAUCUUCAACUGAUCUCAAAGCAA